AUUUUAGUUUCAUAUUUUUCCUCACACUCUCAUGAAGAAAUCAAAGCUCGUUUCUCGUCUCCGAAAAUUCCUUUCAGAUGGUGGGGUACACAUUAGGAGCCGUCCAAUAGGCGUAGACGUGCGGGAGGAGUACGCAAACGCCUUCCGCACGGAAUCAUAUCUAGAUUUCUGGACACGUGUCGUGGCGAUAAAAGACGUAGUAGUGGAGUCCACAACAGCAAGCCGGCUGUCGUCUUACCGGCUAUUCGCCGAACAUUUACUGGACCCAACUGAGCCCACCGUCAAAAGAAUCCUAAAUUGGGCCCAUCUACGGCCCAAUUCCAAAUCCCUUCUCUCAGACUAUUUCUCCCACACAGCCAAUGCCUCUCUCUUGUGUAGCCGUUUACUCAAAGACAUAAACCAUUUACGUCCAGAAAUUGCCAUCCAGUCCUUACAAAACCCAGAAUUUAAUUUCAAACCCCUCUCCAUCCACAACCCAUUUCCAGAAAUAAUCCAAAACGGAUGCGCCAAAUUGCUGAAACAGCUGGAGUUCAACCGCGACAAGGCUCGAACCAAGGUCAAGAGGGUCAGAUAUUUCCAGCAUAGUUCAGCUGGGUUGUUGGUGGCUGUGACCGCGUCGCUUACUGUAAUACUCGUGACUCAUGGAAUUGGUUUAGUGGUUGUUGCUGCUGCACCGGGUCUCGCUGGCCUUGUGGGUGCUGUGAAGUUAGCCAGGGUUAAGGAGAUGGCUCGAGUGCUGGAUGUGGCUGCCAAAGCGACGUACACUUUGAAUAGGGAUUUCGACACGGUUGGUCGGCUGGUGGCUCGGUUGAAUCAGGAGGUGGAGCAUAUGAGGGGGCUGAUGAGGUUCUGGGUUGAGCUAGGGGAAGGUCGUGAUGGACGGCAUGGCGGCGUUGGGGAAGUGGCGCGCCAGUUGCAGCAAUGCCGUCUCAAUUUGGGGCAACAUUUGGAUGAACUUGAGGAGCAUUUGUAUUUGUGUUUUAUGACCAUAAAUCGAGCUAGAAAUCUCGUGCUCAAACAGAUUCUGACUCGGGCUUAAGAAGAAAAUAUUGUCCUUUUUGAAUUUUAUCUUAGAAGUCCAAACCGAAAGAGAUUUCUCCACU